UAUAACUAAUAAUUUUGUAACAAUAAUACAUACAAUCAUUUAUAAUAAAUAUAAUAAUUUACUUAAGUUUUAAUGGUGUUCCUUUUAUGUUCUAAGAUUAUUUGAAAUCCUUUUUUACAGCAUAAAAGAUCAACAAUACCCUUAAAAUGACAAUGGUAACUAUAAACAUGCAUUGUAAAGGUUGAACAUAUUUCAGCAUUAAAACAGAACUGGGAAAAGAUUAACCGUGCACUUCCUCCCGCAUGACUGUAUAAUUUUACAACAUUUUGUCAUACUGUCAACACUUUAUAAUGUGUUUCCUCUGGUUUAAACAAAUUUAAUGUCUGGAGAUACCAUCUAUUCUGUCUAAAAUGCAAAUGAUCAAUAAACAUAAGAGGAUGGUGAAUGCUGAACUUGUCAAAAAAGUAAAUAUGCCAAAGAAUAAAAUACACUGGUAAAAAAUAACAAGACCAGAGACAGAUACAUUUCUCAGAUAGAAAACGGAGCGGCGUGUCCGUGUAAAUAGGUGUGGACACACUCUGUACACAAGGUCAAAGUCCUUCUAACACAAACCAGCUUCUCUAUUCAGAAGCUCAUUAGUUUGCUUUUCUUCUGCAAUAUUCAAAUGCGCUUCCCACACAUGAACACAGAGAUGAUAUUGGGCAAUGUGUGGGAUAAAUUGUUGAUUAUAUAUUAUUCUUAUAAUCAUAAUAAUUUAUCGCUCCAUCCUUUUAUAACCUUAUUAUAACACAAAUGAGUGUCAGAUAAUUUUGAUGAAAAUCAUUAUCUCUCCAUCCACCUGAGCAAUUUAAAUGCUUAUCUUAUUUACACAGGACCCACCCUGUGUCUUAUCUUCUCUUUACUCAUAUGAAUUCCACAUUGACUGUACAUUACAAACCAGAACCCAUUUGCAAAAGCUCUAGUUGAUAAGACAAUGAGUAAUGGGCUGUGGCCAAAAUUCUUGCCCCUCCCAGCUUCCUUACAGGGUGUGGACAGUUUGUGCACACUAACCUGGAAAACCAGACAGGAGUUUAAACCGAGACCAAAAUAUUUUUUUCACUGGGAGGAUAAGCAAGUAUGAGAGAUCUAUCAAAGAGGACAAGAAAAUCUGACAACUGAUCAUUUUAAAGGCUUAACAUAUUAAAAUUCAAUUGGAGCAUCGGUACAACCCAGUGACAAAAUUCAUCAUGGUAAACUUGAACACUCAGUCGGUCACCGCACCUGUCGGAAUUAUCCGGCUUUUCGAAUUCGUCCUGACAUGCAUCACUUUCAGUCUUGCGGCAUCUCAGGGCCACAGUAAUUCUUCAUACUGGGCCUGGUGUAUGUUCACCUGGUGCUUCUGCUGUUUCAUGACCCUCCUCAUCAUCAUCCUGGAGUUGACCAACCUCAGCGCCAGGGUGCCCAUCUCCUGGGAGGACUUCACCUCAGCGUUUGCGAUGCUGGCCACCCUAAUGGUCCUGGCGGCCUCGGUCAUCUACCCCAGGUUUUUUGUGUGCUCGACAUGCGGACGUGGGAUCGCGGCUACGGUGUUCUCUUGUCUGUCCUUUAUCUUGUACUCUGUGGAAGUGGGCCUAACCCGAGCGAAACCCGGGGAGAUCAGCGGGUUCCUGUCCACUGUGCCGGGCUUGCUGAAGGUUCUGGAGGCGUUUGUCGCCUGCAUCAUUUUCAUCUCUCUGGACUCGGGCCGUUACAGCAUGUUUCCAGGGAUGCAGUGGUGCGUGGCCGUCUAUUCCAUCUGCUUCAUCAUUGCUCUCCUCAUCAUCCUUCUGACCAUCUGUAGAUUGUUGGCUAAAUGCCCCUUUCCGUUUGAGAAGUGUCUAACGGGGUACAACGUACUGGCAGUUUUGAUGUACAUGACGGCAGUGGUCGUAUGGCCGAUCUACAGCUUCCAGAAGAACCCAAGACCUAAUAUCUGCAAUUAUUGCCCUUGGGACAACCUGGUCGUUGUGUCGUUCAUGACCUGCGUUAAUCUUAUCGUUUACAUUGUGGAUACAAUUUACUCUGUGCGUUUGAGCUUCUUUGUUUCGCCUGCCUAGGAAAAGGAUUAUGCAAGUUAACCAGUCUAUUGCAGCAGGCAGGAAGUAAAGUUUUUAUUUUGUUUUAUACAAGAUUACAUUCAAAACUGAGAGUUGUUUUAUAUCAAUGCAUUUUGGGGGAAAUGUAUAUUUUAAGAAUGAUUAUAUAUGUCUGAUGUGCCAUGUUGCCUGUGAAUCAGCUAUUUGGAUAGUGAGGAAAUGCUCUUUGUGGUGAACGUAUAAAGAAUUUUUUUUAAGAAGUUAUGAAUAUAGCAACAAUAUUGCUAAAAGUAGCUAUUUUGUUGCAGUGACUAUUACAUUUUACCUACUAAUCAAUGAUGUUUCAGAAAAGAAAACUGCUUUCUCUGUGUUUAUCAGAACAAAGUUAUUUAUACAGGUAUGAGGGUGAGUAAAUGAUGCCUUUUUAUUGUUUCAGAAUUUUCAUUUUUGCGUGAACUGUCCCUUUAAUUAAUGAUUGAUAUCAAACUUUGAUACAGGCUACUUUAAUCUGGAUUUCCCAAACGGGGUUCCCAUCUUUUAGAGAGCACAUCAGCUUCCAAUAUUACCCAAUAUACAUACACUGUAAAAGUUCUGUAGAAAUUACAGUAUUACUGGCAGCAGUUUGCCAGUAACUUAUUGUAGAUUUACAUCUAUGUAAUUUACUCGCAAAAGUUUGUUCAAAGAUAAAUUGUCAUAAAAAAUGAACAAGUCUUUAUCCUUACAGGAUUUUUUUUUAAAACAGAACACUCGUGGAAAGCAUUCUGUUAACCAAAAUUAGAAAAAAAACAGAAAAGGUUUUAGUGGAUUUCUGGUUCCCAGAAUGCUUGCAAUGAGGAUGUUUUUAAUGUAUUUUUCUGUUAAGAUAAAGACUUGUAAAUGCUUAAUGUUCAUUUAUCUAUAUUGAUAAAUAUAAAUCUAACGGAAGUAACUGGCAACUAGCUGCAUAACUACAGCAAAAACUUUUACUGUGUAAUGUACAGGAAUCAUGCCUUGGCAUUGUUAGUGCCAUGCUCAAACCAUGCUGAAAUCAUUUUGUUUCAUUUUUUAUCACACCAAGUUAGAAUAUACACAAGACGUAUGUCUCUCUCUAUUGAAUGAUAAGGUUCUAAAAAUAACAUGUUUUUGUCAUAAAUUCGUUUGGUGUCAAUUGUGCGAUAUAUCCCUUGUUUUUGUGUCAGAUGUGGAAGUAACUGAUGGAAGAAUAAAUGGUGUAUCAUCAGCUUUUACUUUUGGUCUUAUAAUAUAGUCUACCACCACCAACAUGGUUGUAUGAAAAUGACAGACUACUCAAACGCCAACACUGCAUUGAUAAAAUUGACAGGCAAAGUGUAUGUUGCCAUUGAAGUAUGAUCUUUUAUUGUUUCUUUUUAAGCAUGACAGAAAUACUUGGGCACUGUGCGACCAUUUUUUUUUUCAUUUAAAGCUUCUAAAACACAAUUUUUGUAUUGUAUUUAUUUGUAAAGGGACCACAUGCAAUAUUUAACAUUUUCCAUUAAAUGCUUUGCACUGGAUUUAACCUAAUGUUUAUCCACAGUCCCCUGGCAGGUCACCAUUAACAACCUCACACAGAAACAAUUCAUGCUUCAACAUGAUACUUGGUAAUUAAAUGAAAAGCAAAGGUGAUAAUGAUUAACGACAAACUUAAACUGGAAAAUUUUAUUGAGUGACAACAAAGAAAGAAUCCUUCCUUAUCUGGUCUUGUUAGAGAUAAAUAUCCUGUAUUUAAAUCUUAUUGCAUGAUGUAAAAACAUGACUUAUUACAAUGUCACCUUUAUUUCUUCGGUGCCAUCAACUCCCUGUCUGAAAGUUUCUUGAGCACGUUCUCCACCCAACUCGUCACUGGUGUUGUGAAAGUUACUUCCAAACUGUAAUACAUUACAGAUUAAUUGUUACUGUUAUUGAAAAGAAAUCCCUUACCUUGCAACAUGACUGUCUCAGAAUUGUAAUACGUUACAUGACUCCUGUAUUACUUUUGAGUGUAAAUAACUACAAAAGUACAACUUAACAUUUUAAAAUGACAAAAUGUCUUUCUAUUUUUGUAUUUUCAAAAUAAAAAAUACUUUUUGC